AAUUUUUAGGAAAACAUGCCCAGCCUUUCCCAAGAAAACCAACAGGACCGUAAGGAGCAUCUUUUCGGGCAAGCUAUCUGGGCACAACUGCUGCGCCUGUUCAGGGCAGGGAGAGGUUAUAAUUCCAGUAUUCACCAAGACACAGAAAAUAAAGCGGACCCUCAGGCUGUGGCUGGUGCCAAGCUCCCGGACUCGCCCGCCGUGCCUGCGCUGCUCCGCCACCUUUCUAGCCUGCUCUCCUUCGCAACGCGCUUCUUCUCGCGUCUUCUGCGACGACCCCCUCCCGCGGCCCGCCGGCGACCCUGGGACUUCUCCUAUCCGCUGCCCGCCUGGCUGACCGCCUGGCUGGCUCCAGCACCCCGCCACCUCCUGCUCCUGCUUGCGGCCUCAAUGGCACUGCCAGGCCGGCCUCUGAGGGGUCGCCGUCUGAAGCUGGCUAGUCUAAAGCCCGGAGAAGAAGACGUCUGCGCUGGGAAGAGUUCGCCAGAGUCCCCUGUGGGAUCCGAGCAGACCGAGAUGCGGAUGCGACAGAUGUGCAGCGGAAGUGAGACCCAGGGUUCCACCCCGAGCCAGCAGGGCGUGGGCAGCCGGGGCUCCAAUGCUUGCUGCUUUUGCUGGUGCUGCUGUUGCAGCUGCUCUUGCCUCGCUGUCAGGGGCCAAGAAGACCAGGGACCCCAAAGAGCCCCCCACGAACUCAGAUCAGACAUCCCGGCGUGGGAAGAAAGCCCCGCACCCACCCUGGAAGAAGUCUGCGCCUGGGCCCAGUCAUUUGACAACCUAAUGGUCACUCCAGCUGGAAGAAAUGCAUUCCGGGAAUUCCUUCGAACAGAAUUCAGUGAAGAAAACAUGCUUUUCUGGAUGGCCUGUGAAGAACUGAAAAGGGAAGCUAAUAAAAGCACUAUUGAGGAGAAAGCAAGGAUAAUAUAUGAAGACUACAUUUCCAUUCUCUCGCCUAAGGAGGUCAGCUUGGACUCCCGAGUGCGAGAGGUCAUCAACAGAAACAUGGUGGAUCCAUCCCAACACAUAUUCGAUGACGCUCAGCUGCAGAUUUACACCCUAAUGCACAGAGACUCCUAUCCCCGGUUUAUGAACUCCGCAGUCUAUAAGGAUUUGCUGAAGUCCUUAGCUGAGAAAGCAGUAGAAGCAUAGGUGGCUUCAAAUCUAUUUAUUAUUAACAAAACAAGAACAUAAUUCAUGGACUACAUCUAGCACAGGGAAUUUAGAGAUAGGAUGUCUUGUGCUAGAGUCAUUCGUGGACUGUUGUGAUAACAGAUUCUUCCUCCCCAGAGAGCUGUAGAUUCACAGUGGAAACUGUCAGAGAAAAGGUGUAUGACUGCCUUAGAAAGAUAGCACUCACAUUUACAGUAACAGUAGCAUGUUCUUAAGGGCAGGGCAUGUACUAGCCUCUGUUCUGCCUGCAGCAUAGACACACAAAGAGCAAAUGGAAACACUUUGUUUUGCAUGACUUCAGUACCGUAUUACCCUCCAAAGAAAAGACAUUCAAGUCUUUCUCAACUAUCUCUUCCUUCAGUUUGAAUACUUCACUUAGGACCAUGCCAGGACUGGGUCACAUUUCAUGAAGAUGUGACUAUGGUAAAAAUGGUAGCCCACCGUGUGUGUGUGUGUGUGUGUGUGUGUGUGUGCACAUCUAUUGUGGUUGAUAGGAUACACCAUGCUCUUGGUGGGUCACUCUCAAGUGUUUGCUAAGGGAAGCAAUGCUUAAAUGAUUCUUCAGUCAAAGAGUGAAGAUAUUAUCAAAAUCUAUCACCAUGAAGAAUGAAUUGAAGUGUAUAGUUUGUCAUAGUCACAAAUCCUCAAAUAGGCAUAUUUGAAUUUUUAUUGAAAGAAAUGUGGUUAUUUUCACUCUGAAAAAUAAAACAUGAGUUUUCUCUCAAUCUUGUA